AAAAGUAUAAUCAGUCACUGGCUAACAGCCAGCACAGACAGGUUUGUUUUCAUCGCCUCAGUUGCCUAUCAGUCGUCACUGUUAUUCCCUGAUAGCUCGUAUUCAUUCCUCGGUGUCAAAAUGGUCCUCAUAAUCUUGGGAACAAACACUCCCAGAAACAUUGUCCGUUCAGCGUUAAAGUGUAAAACUGACCUGCGUGGUUUGUCGAGACGGAGCCAUGCAACCUCCAACGUUCCUUCGUCAGCUUCCUCGGUGGCCUUCAAGAAGAACAAGUGGAUAAGACCAAGUGACACCAAUCCGUGCGUGAUAUCCUCCGUUUUGGAUAUUGAGCCAACUUCCAGUGUCACCAUCCCAGAGUUUUUGAGAAGUAAUCUCCACAAGUGGGAAAAUGCGCCUGCUUUCGAAUGCGCCGUGACUGGGAGAACGUAUACACACGGCCAAGUUCACAGGAAAAGCCAGAGUUUCGCUGCAGCCUUGAAGCAACACGGACUUGGGCGGAGAGAAGCCGUCUGCAUCUUGCUUCCCAACAUUCCCGAGUAUCCGAUUGUGGCUCUAGGGAUUUGGGACGCAGGAUUGGUUGUUUCGCCAAUAAAUCCAGCUUAUACAGUGGCGGAAAUAGGGAAGCAAGUGGCCGACUGCGGGGGAAAAGUGAUGGUGACCAUUGCUCAGCUCCUUCCAGCCGUGGAGAAAGUGCUGGAGGGGAGUCCCACGCUCAAAAGUGUGGUCGUGGUGGGCGAGGCUGGAGGUCACCACUCCUUCUUCGACAUGCUCAAUACGGACGUUUCCAGCGCCACAUUCCUCCGCGGAUCCGACAUCAACACUCUGAGAGAAACCGCAGUCCUGCCCUAUUCCAGCGGAACCACGGGAACGCCGAAGGGAGUGGAGUUGACGCACAGUACUUACACUACAAAUCUAAUGCAAAUCACUCAUCCCGGAUAUCGCCUCACCCAGUUUUUUGACGGAGGAAGCCCACAAGAACGACUGUUUGCCCUCCCCCCAUUCUUCCACAUCUACGGGUUGCAAGUCAUCCUGGGCAGCACUUUGCACCAAGGCGGACACACUCUCUGCUUCCCCUCAUUUGAGCCUGCAUCCUUCAUCAAGGGCAUCAAACAACAUCGGCCAACCGUCCUCCACCUGGUCACCCCACUCAUCUCCUUCCUCUGCCAGUCCCCUGAGAUCACUCCGGACGACUUGAAGCACACGAGGGGCACGGUUGCGGGUGCUGCUCCCAUUGGGAAAACCCUCAUCGAGCGCUUCAUCACCAAGUUUGACCAGUACAUGUUUUUCCAAGAAGGUUUUGGAAUGACGGAGCUGGGCGUGAGUCACUUGAUUCCCCCAGAAAUGAAAAACUCUCGAGCCGGCUCCUGCGGAAUUCUGGUCACGGGAACAACCUCCAAGAUUGUUGACAACGAGUUGGGGAGAGUUGUGGGUCCGCAUCAUCCGGGAGAAAUAUGCGUCCGAGGUCCACAGGCGAUGAAAGGCUACUUCCAAAAUGAAAAGGCCACUCUGGACACCAUCGACUCGGAAGGGUUCAUAAAAACUGGAGACAUUGGAUACUACGACGAGGAGGGAUUUCUUUACAUUGUUGACAGAUUGAAGGAGCUCAUCAAGGUGAAGGGUCUUCAGGUCGCACCGGCAGAGCUGGAGAACGUGCUACGGCAACACCCAGAUAUUGCGGAUGUUGCCGUGAUUGGAGUUCCACAUGAGCGAUGGGGCGAAGUUCCGCGUGCUUAUGUCGUCCCAAAGUCUAAGAGGUUGAGGGAAUCCUCAGUGAACUCAUUUUUGAAAGACAAAGUCGCCGAGCAUAAAAGACUUGUCGGCGGGGUCGAAUUUAUUGAUGUGAUCCCGAAAGCGGCGUCGGGAAAAAUAUUGCGAAGAGUUCUCAAGAGCAGGUUCGAGUGACGAAAAUGCCCAUCAGGUAUUUGUGUCGUUGUAAAUAGUAUCAUUUUUACUAUUGCAAGAACUGUUUUGACAGGUGGGGUCAGUGUUUUAGUUCUGUUCGUAUUUUAUUGUCGUCCUUUGUCUUGAAAUAAUCAGCCAGUUUCGCCACUCGGUGAGUGUGCUCAAUGACGCCAUAAGAACAGCGGCACUGAACCCACAUUUUCCAGCACUGCACUAAAUAAAUAUGACUUACUCAUUACCAAUGUCAACCAAUAUUA